AACAAAGACCUAUGGAGUUGAGACAACAACCUCAUUGGGUUUUCCGCAGCUUUUUUAUUUAUAGCUUCCCUCUCUUGUCGUUGCAGGUUGCUACAUACUUUAUCAUUUCUCUUCAGCUCAAAAACACCACCACCACCAUGCUCUCUUUUGCUUUAUCUUCUCACCUAGUCACCACCUCUUACUAUGUCUGAAUCUGCAUUUUGACUAACACCCUUUUUGGAACACCACCACCACCACCAUUCUCUGUGGAUUCUGCACCAUAAGAAUCUCACCCUCUUGCAAAAACAACCACAACAGCAAAAAAGUUUCCAUUUUUAUUUCAUUUCCUCACAGGAGAGAGGAAACAGCUAGUGUUUGUCUUGUUUCUGAUUUUGAAACCAAGAUGGCACCUUGUUUGGUUUUCUCCAUCAUCAAUGCCUUAAGAUUCAUUUUUCUCACUUUCUGUGUUGUCCCAUUUUUACCUUCUGCUUCUGGCUGCAAUGCCUGUCAUUGUCAUCCUCAACAGACAUUGCCUCUUAUGGGUUGAAGAAUGUGGGGCUUUGAGGUUUGGGGAGAUCUUGGAAUAUUGUCCUUGAAAGUUUUCAGCUUUUGAGUGUUUUUCCAGAAUCCCCUUGGUGGUCGAGAUGCAAUUAGAUUUUCUGCAAAAUGGAAUGGAUUUCUCUCCAGGAAAAAGUCUGGAUGGGAGUUUCAGGAAGUCUAGCUCUGUUAUUUCUACUAGUAAUGUCUCUGAGACCUCAGGAAUGAGCAAGUUUGUUCCUAUAUCCAGAAGAGUUUUAAAGGGGCUCAAGGAAUAUGGAAGGAAACUGGUUGACCUGGAGUUAUUCACACAGUAUCUUGAGGAAUGGGUCUUGGAGAAUCUAAAUGGUGAUUCAGCAGAUGGGUCUCAAAGUUUUAGUUCUCCCUUCACGAUUGAUGAGUUGCGCAAGCUUGAUUUGGCAUUAGAGGGGGUUCCAUUUCAGCAAUUGGUUCGUAUGCCAAUCCUCUCUGAGGUUUCUGAUGACUAUUUGGAAGAUCAGUAUCUAGCAGCAGAAGAUUUCCUUCACGCCAUCAUCAUUGGCCUUUGGCGUACAUUUUGGCAUAAAAGUGGACCACUGCCAUUAUGUGUCUCCUGCCCCUCUCAUGUUGGUUCUAAGUUCAGCAGUGUGGAGAAAGCAAUGUCAAGGGGAAGGUUGAAGGAAAUGCGCGGCUUAGCUCUAAUAUCAAAAAAUGAGAGUGAUUUGAGAUUCAAAUGGGAUCAGGUGGUAGAGUUUGCCUUAUUCAAGCCAGAAGUAAUCUUGGACAAUGUUUUGAGAGUGUCAGCCAGUACUAUUUGUGAAGCUCUCUUUUAUGGCUUCCAUGUUCUCGUUUCGCGCAGUUUGAGCAAGAUAAGUUCAAUUAACAGUGAUUCUGUUUUUCUGCUAGUUCUUGAUUCUAAGUGUGGCACGGUGAUGAAGCUCAGUGGUGACCUUGGCAAACUUGAUUUGCUAAAUUCAAGCAAUCCAUAUCUGUCUGUGGCUGAAUGGAUAAAAACUCAUGCUGAAAUUUGUGUCACCCGGGCGGAACCAAUAUGGAACAGAUUGGGAAAUGCCAAAUGGGGGGAUAUAGGAACUCUGCAGAUACUAUUGGCAACUUUCUACUCUAUUGCCCAGUGGAACGGACCGCCACGAAAAUCAGUUGCCUCAUUAAUCUCAGAUCACAGCCUUCGCCUUCAGAAGCGCCGGACAGAAUGCUGCAUCGUUGAGACUGAAAAUGCACUGAUUCCUUAUCAUGGUGCAGGAGAGAUUGUUGAACUUGACCAAAAUGAGUUCUUUUCCAAAAAUCGAGCCUCACGUCUGAAGCUGAAGCACGGCGACAUAUUGGUCUUGGAUGAUCCGCAGCAGGGUCAGAAAAGUUUCCAAAUUCAUGAAUCUUUGGUCGGAGGGAACUACUAUCUCUAUGGUUCAGUGUGUCUUGAUCAUCCUUCAGAGUUAUUGUCUUUAUAUGUAGGUGCUCAUCCAUCUAGACUUGAGCCUUCUUGGGAGGAUAUGAGCCUCUGGUAUCAAGUGCAACGUCAAACAAAAGUGCUAAACAUUUUGAGGAAUCAAGGAAUCUUGAGCAAACAUUUACCCGAAAUUGUUGCCUCAGGUAAGAUUGUACAUUCCGGUCCUUGCAAGAAAGAAAGCCCUGGAGGAAAGUGUGAUCAUCCAUGGUGCGGCACUCCGAUUCUGGUGACAUCUCCGGUAGGGGAGCCACUAACAUCUGUAAUUGCUCAUGAGGGGACAUUUUCUGCUGAUGAAGCAACGCGCUUAUGCCGAGACUGUCUCGCCGCUCUCAGAAGCGCAGCUGUGGCUAAUGUCCAGCAUGGUGAUAUCUGUCCAGAGAACAUAAUACGUGUUGACGAAAGACAAGGAGUUGCAAAUAACCAAGCAAUGUAUGUCCCGAUAUCUUGGGGGCGCGCCGUGUUGGAAGAUAGGGAUAGCCCUGCUAUAAACUUGCAAUUCUCAUCAUCUCAUGCACUUCAGCAUGGGAAGCUGUGUCCAUCUUCUGAUGCUGAAAGCAUUGUCUACAUUCUUUAUUUUAUCUGUGGAGGGACCAUGAGUCAACAAGAUUCUAUUGAGUCUGCUUUGCAAUGGAGAGAGCGAAGCUGGGCGAAGCGCGUGAUCCAGCAACAUCUUGGUCAGGUUUCUGCUCUCUUGAAAGCAUUUGCUGAUUAUGUUGAUAGCCUUUGUGGAACUCCAUACCCUGUUGACUAUGAUAUAUGGUUGAAGAGGCUGAACAAGGCUGUGGAAGGAUCAGCAGAUAAAGGUAAAAUGAUUGAAGAAAUGGCGGUAACUUUGAGAUUAGAAGAUGCUGCAGAGUCUUCAGGAGCUUCUGGCUCUUGACUUGAUGCUGGUAGGGCUGGUUUUGGUGCUUUAUUUUUGUAAAUUGCAAUUUGGGAAUUCAAAUGCAUUGUUAGGACUUCAGGUUCUUAGUUUAUUGUUUUGGUAUCUUCAUCGCGGCAAGGUAUAUUUUGGAGUGUUUACUGGGUUUUUUGUCUGAUUAAAAUUUUAAACACAAUUCAUUGGACCUGGCUGGGAGCAUCCAUUCGACCUGACUAUUUAGAGGUUAAAGCUAGUGCAUUUGUACACUUGGCUUUAGCUUCUUCCUGUGGUCAAUUUUGUGAUGAAAUGCUUAGGUUUCUGAGUGUGUUCAUAUAGAUGUUGGGUGAUUGUAAACCAGCUUUUGCCCAAUCCAACCUCUCACAUCGGUUGGCUUUUAAUGUUGGGUGACUGUGUACUACACUUGGCACGUCUUCCUUGCAACUUGAAAGCAUCCAUUGGACCUGACAAAUCACAAAUCGAGAGGUUAAAGCUAGUUCAUUAAGUUAAGGUUUCAGCUUCUUCCAAAGGUAGAUGUUGUGAUGAAAUUUUUAGGUUUCUUUGUAUAAAACUCUAAUACACUCCAAAGAGAACUUUUAUAGCAGUUAUUGCCUUCACUUUUUCAAGAUGUUAAUGAUUAGUAUAAAUAUUCUCUAAA